GCGCAGUGCCGUGGUUUCGGUUGAGCAUUCUUGGCAGCGUCUCCUCGGCGAACUAGCAGCCGACGGUCAGUCAGCCCACGGCUUUCUUUUGGUGUUUGGGGAGUUACGGUUAAGGGAUAAUAAGGACCGCGGAGCAUCCUUAGGAAGGACCUUGAAAUUACCAGCAGUCCUUCAGACACAAAGAUGAACCCACUUCUCAAAAGCAUCAUCCUCGAUUGAAUUAUCGAUUCCUCUCUACCUGCACACCCACACCAAACCUCACCCCAUCUGCUUCAUCUGACUAGCCUUCUGCAGAAAAGGAUCUCAGUGCUGAUGGGUAUGGAGAGAUUUAUCAGAAGGAAUUCCCAUUGCAAAAGAAGUAACGUGUCGUGAAAGAGAAGCACUGUUACCUAACAGACCACUGAUCUGUCGACAGAAUAUAUACAGGAAAAACUGAGAAUAAUUCAAGUGGAAGUGGAAGAGGGUCAUCCCUGAUCCUGACAUGUCCAUAAUGCUACAGCAGUAUUUAUUGCAACCUGCCAGUUAAAGGCGAUGUCUUGGGGCACUGGAGGCCACAACACCACAAGCAGAGUGUGCAUGGGGCCUCUCUGCCACCAAUUUCUGGCAACCCUACUGUCAUGUGAAACCAACGCAACACUGCACUGCCUUUAGCUAACCUGGGGCAAAAUGAACAGCUACAGAGACAGAGGGGUAACUUGCACCUCCUCUGACCUUCUGGGUAGAGGAGGAGCAGCUGCCCAGCACACUCCAUUUCGUAACACCCCUAAUGGACACCCAGCUCCUGACCCCACGGACCCAAUGAUCCAGCCACGCAUUUCAGUGCCCAAAAUGGGUGUUCGUGCCCGGAUUGCAGAAUGGCCGCCGCGUCGUGCACAGUCUCGGGAGUCGCUGCUUGAAAACGGGCAAACUGGUGGCAACUACUACGAUGACUGUUCCACUUCAUCAUCAGUCGUGUCAUCUGAUGUCAGGCUGGUGCGAGGAGGAGUCGCCAGAAUGCCCCAAAGGCGGUCCAAGGAUGUGGAGUUGAGAGGAGGGGGAUGUGGUGGUGAAAGAGGUUCACCUUUCAACCUCAGAAUGUUUCCACCUUUGAGACAGCGCUCCAACAGUGAAGUGACGCUCAGUGAACAAGACGAAAACGAGGUGGAGUGUCGUGGAGUUGGUGGGUUGGUGAACCGGUUCAGAGAGUAUGGCAGCACCUCUUCCAUUGACAUCCAGGGCAUUCCUGACCAGAGCUUCUUUGACAUGCUCAACCAGUUCCAACAGGAGAGGCCUGACCAGCGCAGCUCUGCUCCUGUACCCCUCGGAGAGCUAUUGCGAGCCUCUGAAUCACCACCUGGCGUACCUGUUCCCUCUCCUCCCUCACCUGGUCCUGUAGACGAUCGAGGGACUGGAAGAAAGGAUGGUACUGAGAGAGUGAGGAAGAAAAGUGGAGGGACCGAAUCAUCGUUGGGCACCUCCUCUCUGUUCCGGAAACUUCGGAGCUCUAGCAGAGGGGAGCUGGAUGGAGGCAAAGGAGAGUCUAAUGAGGACAGAGGAGGCAGGGUUUCAACAGAGACCUCAUACAAGCCAUGGGUUUGUCCAAAGAGUUUUGUCCACUUUGAUUCUCAGAGCAUCUUAUUUGACCUCCAUGAGGCAGCAGCUCAGCGCGGCUUUGCCACCCAGAGGAGGAACACAGCUACGGGGGCAUCAGCUGCUUCUACGUCUGUUCCCAAAUCCUCCACUGCUUGUGUGAACGAUCCCAUUUAUUCCAGCAUUGAAGAUCUGACCCUAAGCCACGAUCAGGACUCUACUACACCCUCACUGGCCAUGGAACCUUUAAAUGGACCUGGAGCUGCUCACAGCUCCAGCCCAUUGCUCCUCUCUUGCCCUCACUUCCUGAAUGAGAUUGGGGGCCAAAAAGAACGAAAUAUCAGCUUUCUUGGCUCAUUAGCAGAUCGAGAAGUAGAUGGGGAGAGGGAGAGUGGGAGGGGGUGUUUAAGAAAGAGUAAUGCCAGUGUGUCAGUGCUGGAGGUACCACGUGAACAGCAGAUGACAAGAAUGGAGAAACUCCAGCUGUACAGCAUAGAGCACGUCGACUUGGGUGCCCUGUACUACAGAGACUACUUCCAUGGAAAAGAACACUCAAACUACUUUGGGACAGACGAUAAGCUGGGCCCUGUGGCUGUGAGCAUCCGGAGGGAGAAGUUAGAAGACACCAAAGACCUGAAAGACCAGUACCAGUACCGGCUCAUCGUCAGGACUAGUGAGCUCGUAACCCUGCGAGGCAUCAUUUUAGAGGAUUCUGUGGCGACGACAGGGAAGCAUGGCACAGUGAGAGGUCUGCCCCUCAAGGAGGUCCUGGAACAGGUGGUCCCCGAGCUCAGUGUGUCCUGCUUGAGACUGGCACUGAGCACAGCCAAAGUCACCGAUCAGCUGCUUAAACUGGAUGAACAAGGGUUGAGUCAGAAGCACAAGGUGGGUGUUCUGCUGUGCCGUGCUGACCAGAGCACAGAGGAGGAGAUGUACAACAAUGAGGAGGCGACGCAGGCCUUCUCCGCUUUCCUCGAGCUGCUCGGGGAGCAGGUGCUCCUCAAAGGAUUCGACAAAUAUGCCGCACAGCUCGACACAAAGACGGACUCAACAGGCACCCACUCCCUCUACACUACCUACCAGGGCUACGAGAUCAUGUUCCACAUUUCCACCAUGCUUCCGUACAUGCCCAGCAACCCCCAGCAGCUCCUGAGAAAAAGGCACAUAGGAAACGACAUUGUUACCAUCAUCUUUCAAGAGCCAGGAGCGCAGCCUUUCACCCCUCAGAAUAUUCGGUCACAAUUCCAGCACGUCUUUGUUAUUGUUCGUGUACACAACCCCUGCUCUGACAACACCUAUUACAGUGUUGCUGUAACACGUAUGAAGGAUGUGCCUCUGUUUGGGCCUCCUAUCCCGCUCGAAGUCACCUUCCGCGACCCAGAGAUGUUCCGCAACUUCCUCUUAGCCAAAGUCAUCAAUGCAGAAAAUGCAGUGCACAAGUCCGAGAAGUUCCACACCAUGGCAACACGGACUCGCCAGGAAUACCUACGCGACCUGGCUGAGAACUACAUCAGCAGCACUCCCCUGGACACAGCGGGCAAACUGAACAGCCUGAUCUCCCUCGCGUCCAAGAAGCGAGAGCGCUCAAAAGCAAGAGAAGGAGCCGAGCUGGGCGCCAGAGGAGCGGUCGCCUGGAGAGUCCAGUCCCAGGAUUUUCGAGGAGGAGCAAAAGAGCUCCCAUGUGCCUUGGGUAUAUCAAGCGAGUUUGUCAUCCUCGUGGACUGCGCCACCAAAGAAGUCGUGUUUAACUGUUUCUGUUCGGACGUGAUCGGCUGGACUCCGGAGCGUCUUGCUCUCAAAAUCUUUUUCGGUAGAGGAGAUCACAUUGCACUGCGGGUACCUGAGGGCUGUGCGCUGGACAUCAGGGAAAUGGUCCAGCGACUGAAGUUGUUGACGAUUGGAUGUGAAACGGUGGAUAUGACACUGAGGAGAAAUGGGCUCGGACAGCUGGGCUUCCAUGUACGCAUGGAUGGCACAGUGGCUGAGGUGGAGGAGUAUGGCUUUGCUUGGCAAGCGGGACUGAGGCAGGGCAGCCGAUUAGUGGAGAUCUGCAAGGUGGCUGCCGUGACGCUGAGUCACGAGCAGAUGAUCGACCUGCUGAGGACGUCGGUUACCGUCAAAGUGGUCAUCAUUCCUCCUUUUGAAGACAGCAAGCCGCGCCGGGGCUGCACAGAGGAGCACGAGAUGAAGACCAUGGAGCAGAAGCCUGAGCCCGAGCCUCUGCCGGCAGGGUACCGGCCCUCCCCACGCCAAACGUGGCGAUGGGAUAGCUCGCCGGUCCCCCCAGGGCUCCACAGCACUCCCAACCCACAGCGGUGGGCCCACGUGGGGCCCCCACCACCUCCUUUGCAGCGGCCACCCAAGGCCCUGCUGCCGGUUCCCUACAGAGAGCCUCAACACCUCCCCUCUAAAAGACCCGUGAGCUACCCAGAGAACCACUACAUCCUGUCCCCUGCUGGCGCCGACAGAAUGCUGCCCUACAGAAACCCCUCAGCCAGUUUCUCCUCUCCCCCGUCAGGCCUGGUUGGCUUCUCUGCUCUUGGGCCUCCUGGAAUCACACCGGGCCCAUUUGUGCGCUACAAACCUUCACCCGACAGAUUUGGAGCAAUACAUCGCCCCCUGCUGUCUUUUGAACCUCACCUCACUGUGGACAUAAUUUCUAGUGGAGAGUCUUCCUCAGGCUUCACCAGUCAGGACAGCACAAUAGAGCGCAACAAAAUAGAACCCCUCUGGCAUGUCCCAAUAUCAUCGUCUCGAGGACCAGGUGGUGGAGGGGGGCAGAGGAGACUCGCCCGACAGGAUGUCCCGGGGAAAGACUCUCCAAACAGACACUUGAAGGGGGAGACUCAGUACUCCAGCCACUCCAGCAGCAACACUCUGUCCAGCAACGCCUCCAGCAGCCACAGCGACGAGCGCUGGUUCGAAGGAGGAGCUGCUGGAGACAGAGGAAGCGGAGGUUGCCUUGUCGACCCGACGGAUCCUGACCCGAACUCUCUCAACAAGGGGGGCUCAAAUGACAGCGGCAUCGACGCGUCCUUGCACUACAAAAACACUCACCAGGGGAAUAUGUCCAGCAGCCACUUGCACAAGGCCCUGCUCGGCCCUGCCACCUACAACAGCACGCACGAGCUUACUGUGGGGAGAAGCAACGGGGGAGAAGAAGCAAAGAGACGGGAACCCUCACCUAUCUUACCCGCUUCAGCCAAUCCGAACAAAGGCUACCGAACGAAGACAUUCCCACCCCCAGGCUCCAGCGCCGAAAAAAUGGAAGCCUUCAAACCCAGGGCCUACACACCACAGGGUUACAAGACCCCGACGACGGAGAAGGCUCGACCUGUCCGGGCCUCCACGACAACACCCACCUCUGCUCAAAUGAACUCCACCUCUUUAUCCAGCUCUGCUCCCAAGUCCUCAUCUGGAAGGAGCAGAGCUGGCCGGCAGACGGAGGACACCAGCUCUGACAACAGCAGGAAGCAGAUUGACACAAAUUCAAAAAAUGUUUUUGGACAGCCGCGGCUCAGAGCAUCACUGAGGGAUCUGCGCUCUCCUCGAAGGACCUACAAAAGUACCAUAGAGGACGACUUAAAGAGACUGAUCAUCAUGGACAACCCAGGAGAAACACCAGCGCGAGACCCAUCUCCCCGCCGCACCUUGCAGCGCACGUUUUCAGACGAGUCACUAUGCAGCGGGCGCAGGGAUGCCAGCUUUGCCUGCUCUGAAGACCAGACCAGCCCCACCGACGUGCUGUUCACCUGCACGCUCCCCACUCGCAAACACGGCCUCUCAUCCCACCACUUCCAGGGCAAAAAGAUGCCUCUCUCAGCAUCAGAGUUGUCCCUGACAGAAAUGAGGGAUAAAGUCCCCUCCUUGAGGAGGCUCGAUCCCGGGUUAAUGCCCCUCCCUGACACUGCUUGUGGACUCGAGUGGUCCAGCCUAGUCAGCGCUGCUAAAGCCUAUGAAGCACAAAGAGCCAUUUCACUCUUUUCGCUGGUUGAGCCACAAGUUGUGAGUCCAGAGACGAGGCCGGUCGUCAGCCCAGUCCAGUUUCAGACUCCUCAGACGCCGCGGACCACCCCAACCUUCAGCAGCGAUGAAGGAUCCAACAACUUGUCAGGACGUUUAAACCAGCUGGAAGUGAUGCUGAAACAGCUGAACAAUGACCUGGAGAAGGAGAAGCAGGAUAAAGUCGUCCUGCUUGCAGAGAUGGCCAACCUGAGGGAAAACAACCAGCGCUUACAAGAGGAGAGCCAGUCAGCCAGCGAGCAGCUGCGCAAGUUCAACGUGCUUUUUACCAACAUCAGCAGGACAGGAAGUGAUCAGGAAACUUCCUGUGUAACGCCCGAGAGCCACGCACAGAGGGAGUGAGGGUUCAUGCUGCCAGAUUCAGGCGGUAGAGGGGAGACCCAGUGGGACAGAAAUAUGCUUUUUAGUUCCCAUGAUUACUUGCACUCACAGGGCCAGCAGAGAACACAUUGAUGUCAUGUCUUUUUUGCUUCCAGUGGACUGCCUUAAACCAGAGACGGGGAAUUUAUUUUUCUUGUUAAUGCAGCACCAGAACAUCUCAGCAGAGAUUUCUUCUACUUAAUUAACUGAAGAAGUCUCCUGUACUUGUAAUCUAGAAAAAUAAGUCUGCUACUAUGCGAGAGGAGUAAACAAGAGGAGACCCUGACUGUUUAAAAGAAAAACUACAUCACCUGGAGAGGCCUAAUACUGUUCCUGCAGCAAAUCAGCCAAAAAAAAAGAAGAGGAAAAAACCUCUCUACAGACUUCAUCUCCCAGAAUGCACUACAAGAAACUUAAAAAAAAAAAGGCUCUGCAGACAUGGGGCUGUAGAGCGAAGCUUGUGUGGUAAAAUUCUGUAUUAGUGUUUUUAUACUAAAAUGAGCUGAAGAGGUGGGACAUGCAAAGCUCUGCAGAAAUAUGGCAUUUCAUCAUGGUUGGUGUGAGUGGCUGCAGUGACUUUGAGUGAGGACUGUGUGUGGGGUAAAGCAGAAACACAAACCCGUUUACCGUAGUGAGUAUUAGUGUGUCUGCAGUCACACUAAAGCUCAGCGAUUCCAUCACAUCAUCCCUCCCUAAAUAAAGCAGCAGUUUUUGACAUUUUGAAAAUUUGCACCAGUUUUAUCUCCAAUUUUCUUUUCAAAUAUCUCGGAAUUCAUUUCGAAAAAUGUAACUUGACUACUUUUUUGUAACAUUCAGGAAUCAUGUUAAUGAGACAGAUACUGAGGGUUACAGUCACAGCAACACUAACCCAAGCGUUUACCUUUUAUUUGUUUACAUAUAAUAAAAUAACUGCCUGCCUAUUUACAUUAUUUACAUCUCAUUCUGUCAUGCCGGUUGUUAAAUUAACUUGAAUCUUAGAUCUUCAGAUACAAAUUUAAAGUAAAUGAAGUAAACGUUCAACCUGCAGUGUCGUAUUUCCAUUUAUCAGGAAUGAGUUUUCUUUGCAUCUUUUUGACAAUUUUCUGUUUGUCUGGACCAUCUGAAUGAGUUUAUAACAGCUGUUAUGUUAAGAGGAAAGACAAAGAACAGCCGGUUAGCUGUUUGGCUUACCAAAGCAUCCCAUCAAUAUUAGUCCAAUUCUAGUUGAAUUCAGUAAAGCUCCUGCGUUAAAUGAAUCGGACAAGGUGUCAAUCCAGCUUCAGAGCUCUAUUGAAGUCAGUGAGACAAAGUGACAGAAGUGUAAUUCUCAAAAUGUCAAACUGUAAUUCCCAUCCAAACAAAGCUGUCACCACCAAAUUCCCCAGCAGGACGCAUUUACUGCACAGUAGACUCGGUGAACGCUGAGGAUCAAUACCAGAACCUGUGUGAGUGUGUGCCAGUGUCUGAGUGUGUGUGUAGGAUGAACCCGAACACUAUUUAUACAGCUAGCCUACUCAAUAUUGUUUAGUCAAUUUUACUACAGGAAAAAGUGUUUGUAUUUUGGAUGCUGGUACUUCCAGGACGCCACUUCUCUGCAGAAAAUGAGAUCUAUAUAUAUAUAUAUAUUUGUAACACAAUCUUUGUUCUCCACUGUUUCAUAAGCUGUUUGAUUCUCCAUCCUGCUCAGGUCCCUCAAGUUGCCGAUAUGAACUAAACAGUGAACAAAGAGAAUGAAAGCGGUUUUGCAGGGCUGCUCCAAACUAGCUUUUAUUUACCAAAACCAGAAGUACCUUACUUUGAAAAUCUAUAAUUCCCCCCUUUAGGUCAAACUUCUUCCAAUAAUUUACUGUUAAAAUGUUCUUACAGGGAGCAAGGCUGUGAAAGUUUCCUCUUUUAAUUUUAUCGCUCAUCUCAAACAGUUCCCUUCUUUCACACUGGAGGGCGCAAAAGCUUUUGUGUUGCAACUUGAAACUGGACUGUUUCCACUGAUACACCACUAAUUUGCAGGUUUUGCUUUACAGAAAUGCUCAUUUUUGGGCUAAGGAUCACCUCCUCAGUAAAUAUUUUCCAUGUUGGUUGUGGACACAUCCAUCCUCAGCUCCACAGGUGCAGCUGGGAUUUUCCUACGUCUUAUUCUGUUGGUGUUCCUCUGUAAAAGGGUGCGGUGUCUUUUUUUAAAUAAAAAUCAUAUGUAUAAUUUUAAGCUAUUUAAACUGUACACCACAUUGAACAAAUCGGUGAGGAGUUAUGUCAAGCUGUAUUUCUGUUUUUUUUAAAUGUCAAGUUUUAUAAUUUAUUUUUGACUGUUGCAAACAGUAGUGAAGACAAGAGGGUACUGUGUUUUAUUUGCUGGUUUUUACCUCUGAUUCAUGUAAAAACUGUAUUCCUACUCGUUUUCUCUGCCUCAGAUUGUGGUUGGGACAGACGAAGUAAAAGAUUCAUUUCUCUGGGUUGUAAUAACAUGUACAUUUAAAAGUGUAAAUUGUGUUUUCAGUAUUUUUUAAGAAAAAUAUUAAACAACUUAAUUC